CUCCAGUUCCCGUGGAUAUCGCCUGUCGUGUGGUGGAAAAAAUUAUUAAAGCCAACAAAGAAAAAAUAUAAAGUUAAAAAAUAUAUAAAUUUCUUACAGAACAGACAAAAUGAACCAAAAUGUUUCUUAAGCUACUUAAAAUACCAUUUGUGCUGGUGUUGUGCUUACAAAUCUUGUCCGCAAAAGGAUAUAGCGAAAAUCUGGAGCAGCGUGCUCAGAUCGUAAGGCAAUCAAACGAUAACCUCCUCGUCGAGGUAGCAAGGGAUCAAAAUGUAACUCUGAGAUUGAUGGGCGAAUCAGCUACUGUGACGAUCAACGAUGUGGACAUGUUGUCGUUGCUCCGGCGACGCCAAAGGAUAAUAGCUAAUCGCCAGGCGGCGGCUCGAAGAGAGCCCCUUUCGUUGGAGGUGGUUAGGGAUCAGUUCCGGAAUGUUGAGCGAAAGAUUACGAAGGUCCAGAGAAAGGUCUUUAAUGCGAGCAACUCCACGCGAAGGGGUGGCCUGAAUCAACGCAUCCUCCGGCGACAAUUGCAGCGCGUGGAACGGGUCAGCGGUAUUCUGGCAACCAUAACCGCGAAUCUGGUUAAGAACGAGUGCGAAUCAAGUCCCUGCAAGAACGGGGGAACCUGCCACGACGCCUACAAGGGAUUCCAGUGCGAAUGUACUGCCGGUUGGCAAGGGGAAACUUGUGAGGAUGAUGUGAACGAGUGCAUCACCUUGGCAGGCACAGAUCUUGCUGGUUGCUUGAAUAAUGGCCAGUGCAUAAAUACACCCGGUAGCUAUCGGUGUGUUUGCCGAAAUGGCUUCUCCGGAACCCAUUGCCGACUCCGUCACAAUUCCUGCUUUAUGAGUGGAUCCCGGGAACUCUGCGGCGAGCAUGGGACCUGCCUCCAGGCCGCCAAUUCCGCCGGCUAUGUGUGCAUCUGCGACCAGGGAUGGACGUGGGCCGAUGAGAAUGCAACCUCCGCCAGUCCAAGUGCCUGCACCAGGGAUGUGAACGAGUGUGAUCCUCGCGUGAAUCCCUGCCAUGACGUGUGCAUCAAUCUGCCGGGAAGCUUUCGCUGUGGUCCGUGUCCUCCGGGAUACACGGGUGAUGGUCGACUCUGCCGCGACAUCGACGAGUGUGCUGGCGAGGAUAAUGGCGGCUGCAGCCUCCAGCCACGGGUGGCCUGCACCAACACAGAGGGUUCCCACCUUUGUGGCCGCUGUCCAACGGGUUGGACAGGUGACGGACGCACAUGCACAGCUGCCGAUUCGAACUCAUGCAACCACGAGGGGAUCUGCCAUCCCCUGGCCAAGUGCGAGUACGUUUCCGAGACGGUGGUUUGCACCUGUCCACUGGGCAGCUUUGGUCAUGGUUACGGUGCUGAUGGAUGCACCUCGGACUCCAGCCGGCAGCCCUGUGAACAGCAUCCGUGCCAGAACAACGGUACCUGCGUGCAGAAUGGCAGGGGAACCACUUGCAUAUGCCAGCCGGGUUAUACUGGUGCUGUGUGCAACCAGUCGGACGCCUGUCAUCCGAGUCCUUGCCUGAAUGACGCCACUUGUCGCUUGUUGCCCGAGAACAAGUACCAAUGCGUUUGCCCACGAGGCUUCACCGGCACCACCUGCUCGCAUCAGCGGUUCUUUUGCGGAGCCACUCUCACGGGGCCAACGGGUCAGCUACAUUUUCCACCCAACACGGCCGACGGGAAUUACCAGGCGGACGAGCGCUGUCCAUUUAUCAUACGCACCACUCCCAAUAUGGUAUUAAAUUUAACCUUCACCCAGUUUGAGCUGCAGGACAGUACCGACUGCUCUGCGGACUUUCUGCAGCUGCACGACGGUCACUCGCUGUCCUCGCGCUUGAUUGGUCGCUUCUGUGGAUCCCGCUUGCCCCUUACAAACGGGAGCGUGAUCACCACCCAGGAGGAGGCGUUCUUUUGGUUCAGAUCCGACAACGAGACGCAGGGAAAGGGCUUCCAUGUGAUUUGGAGCUCUCUGCCGUUCGCCUGCGGUCAAAGUAUGAAUCUGACACUUGCACAGACCGGCGUUAUCAGAUCUCCGGGCUAUCCUGGCCAGACUCGACCGGGCGUCGACUGUCGCUGGCAACUGACGGCGCCGUUUGGCAGCCGGUUGCUGUUGCGCUUCUACGACAUCACACUGGGCAGCACCGAAACAGAAGCGGCUAAUUGCACUCAAGAUUCGCUCAUUGUUUACGACUCCGAUCGCCAGUUGCUCCGAGCCUGCCAAUCGCUCCAGCCAGCGCCGUUGUAUAGCUCUUCAAAUAGCUUGCGCCUGGACUUCCAUACGGACAAUGUACGCUCGGAUAGUUCCUUCCAGAUGCACUACGAAGUGGUGCCAGCACUCCCAGGGUGCGGAGGAGUGUUCACGGAAGCACGGGGUCGCAUCACUGGCCGAAUGGAUGCCGAGGUCUGUCUCUAUCUGAUCGAACAGCCCCAGGGGACACAAGUGGAGCUGGUUUUUAAUGAAGUAAACCUUAUGGGCUGUCUCUGGCAAGAGAUCGACAUCUUUGACGGCAGAACAACUAAUUCGAUCCCUCUCAGACAACUGUGUGGUAGUCCAGAGGCUAGUGAGUUGGAGCCGCUGACAUCCACUGGAAAUGUUAUGCUCGUGCGCUAUAGAUACCGGCUGAGUGGUGUGAAACAAAACAAAAACUUUGUUUUGAGUUACAAUAGGGUGUGCACUGGUAACUUUGGUUAUAGCUUUCUGAGCUCAUCUGGCAUCAUCACAACACCAAACUACCCGCGUUCCUAUCUCGAUGACAUAAAAUGCACGUACAACCUGACGGCACCGCUGAAUACAGUGAUUCGUCUCAACAUCACAGACCUAUCUCUGGGAACUGGCAAUAAUGACAACGAAACAUCCUAUUUAGAUGUAUAUUUAUCGCGUGAUGAAAAGCGGCACAUUGUGAAGUCCACGGAGAACUUUGUACUGACAUCCCAUUCAAAUCGGGCUAGUCUGGUCUUCCGGGCAACUGGCAAUGGCCGCGGCAUGAAAGUGGAGUACAACUUCAUCCACACCCGUUGCGGUGGUUUUUUAACCGAACCCGAUAGAGGAUACAUGAAACAAUCCGACGCCCCUUUGUGUCAGUAUUUCAUUGACGCUCCAGGAAGGAAAAAGAUUUCGGUCCGUGCAUUCCGUUCAUCGGAAAUAAAAAUAUCUAUAUAUGACAAUUCCACAAGCCCCGAUAUUCUGUUAAAUACAUAUACGGGAACUGUAGACGACGUGUUCGACGGAGAUCUUUUGACCAUUAACAUUGCAUCAGUAGAAAGAUAUAUUGCUUUGUUAAGGUUCGAAAUUGUAGAGCAAGAUCACUGUGGUGGAAAUUUCACAAGCCUUUUCGGCUACAUAAAGUCGCCAAACUGGCCAAAGAAAUACAGUGCAGAUCAGGAUUGUGAGUGGAUCGUGCAAGCACCAUUUGGCCACCGCCUGGAAUUGGUGGUGCACAACUUUACGCUGGAAGAAGAUUUCACUCCCACUUGCAAAAGCGACUGGCUAGAGAUCAGAAACGGGAAUUCUGCUACGUCACCGCUAAUCGGACGUUACUGCGGUACUAAUAUUCCCAGUCGACUGCCCUCGUUUGGAAACGUACUUCGCCUGAAAUUCCAUUCGGAUUUCGCCUUACAAGAUAAGGGAUUUCUUAUAAGUUGGCAACAGACCGGAGCCGGUUGUGGUGGCAAACUCAGCUCCUUCACGGGAAGCAUUCAUUCUCCGCAUUUCGGGGGAAUUGGCAAUGCCAUCGCCUGCGACUGGCAAAUCGUCGUCGCUGAGGGCUCAAGAGUGGAUCUGCAACUGGAGAGCAAUGACGAGCAGCUCUGCAACGGCCAACUGACCAUUUUUGAUGGUCCCACUACCGCCAGCAAUACGAUGGUAAUCCGAUGCAAUGGUACCACUGCCCAACCGCUGAAGUCCUCCGCUAACCGUGUCCUUGUCCGGUACGAUGUACGUCAUGGGACGGCCGACAACAUCGCGUUCGUACUAAACUACCAAACCGAUUGUCGAGUUCAACUUCAAGGACUGGAGGGUGCCAUCGAAUCGCCGAACUUUCCGGACAACUAUCCACCAAAUUUAGACUGCGAGUGGGAUAUUCGUGCUGGCGGACAGAAUCACUUGCAGCUCGCCUUUUCUCAUUACUCCGUAGAGGAUGGCAAUGGCGAAUACUGCUUUGAUCACUUGACACUAAUAAGUAUGCAGGACGACAAAAGUCUCCAAGAUAAGAAAUAUUGCAGACUCGAUGGCUUGGCGCCCAUCACUACGCCAGGGAAUCGGCUCCUUCUUCGCUUCCAAAGCGAUUAUUCAGCCCAGGAACAGGGUUUCCGGGUGGAAUACAAGCGUGUAGGAUGCGGAGAACACUUUCGUGCGCCAGGCGGAUCAUUUGAAUCGCCAAAAACAUCAUCCAGCGGGGACAUGGACUGCGAUUGGGUCAUCACAUCAUCAAUGGGAAGACAAAUCCGUCUCGUGCUCCAUGAAGUACAAUUUGAUGCGCCUCAGGGCGAUUGUACCGAGGCACAAUCUAAACUUAUAGUUUCCGCGCCCAAUGGAUUUAACUCAUCGGUCGUUUUAUACCAGACUUGUCGCGAGGAGACGCAGUCGCAAACCUUCACUUCCCCGGGCACUGAGCUGAGGGUUCGGUUUAUCAGCGGUUCUGCGCCGGGCAAGAAGUUCUUCAAAGCCAGCUACGUCCAGGUGCCAGCUAGUUGUGGUGGAUAUAUCAGAGCCAGCAGCGGUGUGCUAACCACUCCUGGCUUCCACAAUCUCCAGGACAGCAGCAACGUCGCCAAUUACUCUUCUAACACAGACUGCAUAUGGACUAUUGAGGUAACCAACGGCUAUGGCAUCAGGGUGCGGUUUGAGCAGUUCAACCUAACCGACUCGAGCAACUGCUCGACUUGCUUCUUGGAACUCGUCAAGCUGGACGCGGACGACAAGGAACUGUUUCUCGAGAAGGCCUGCGGAGACGAUGCACCCCUGAUCCGAAUGAUUCACGGCCAGAAGCUGCGUGUCCAGUUCAAGGCACAAGCUGCCACUUGGGGCCGCUUUGCCAUGUACUUUGAACGACAGUGCGGUGGACCUCUGUCCACUGGAGAGGGCUACUUGCAAUCCCGCCUUGACGAGGACUGCAACUGGUUGAUUUCCUUGCCGAAGGGCAGCAAACUUAGUCUUCAGAUUAAUCAGCUUGAGUGUCCAAAAUGUUUCGCAUUGUCGGGAAAUUGCACGGAGGGUCUGCAACUGCUGAACGACGAUGACGAGGUAAUACUGUACCAAAUGUGUCGCGAUCAUCCGGCCAACUUGAUUGUGCCCGCCAGCAAUGUGCGCAUCCUGACCAAAGGCGUUCGGCUGCAGGCGCAGUAUAGCACUUUUGAGAACUCGUGUGGCGGCAAUAUCACAUCCGCCCGCGGUAGUCUCAGUUCGCCCAACUAUCCGGACAGCUAUCCGGCCAACAUAGAGUGCGUUUGGACCAUCGAGAUUCGGCCGGGAAAUGCUUUGGAGAUCAAUUUCGAGGCAAUGGACAUUGUCCGGUCCGAGCACUGUAACGAGGAUUUCCUGGAGCUACGCGCCGGCGUCCAGGGUCAACUGCUGGGCCUUUACUGCGAUAAGAAAAAACCGGAGGGCCCCUUGGUUGUGCAAUCUCAGGUUUGGAUUAAAUUCCGCAGCAGGCCGAACAACACGGCCGGCGGUUUCCGUUUACGUUGGAGUUACGUGCAUAACAUAGAAAUAACAUCGGGAAUAAAUGGAACAAUAGAGCCACCGCCACCGCUGUUUGUUAAAGGCGAGGAUCAGCCAUUCACCUGGCGCAUUUUCUCGAGACGCGAUGAGGUUUUGGUGCUGCAUUUUCAGGAUUAUAUAUCCGGACUUUUGCUCUUCAAUGGAUAUGAUGAGAAUGCUUUGGCAGUAAAUAUCGCAGACAGUCCGAGACAAUUCACCUCCAGCAGCAAUGUGGUCUUUUUGAAGACUGUGAACGCGGAACUGAACCCUUUUCGCAUUACGUGGCACAUGUUGGCCAGUAAUCUGGUAGAGGGUAACCUCACCCUGACCACCAAGGAGUGUACAAGGGAAAUUACUAUGGAAAAUGCAGCAUUCUUGACUAUAAGAUCACCAGGAUAUCCGACCGGCUACAGACCCAAUCUUGAUUGCGAAUGGACUGUGAAGCCAAAGGACCCGGCCCGUCAUGUGUAUGUCAGUUCCUACGAAACUAACCUGGAGGAUUUUGGCGAGUGUUCCGCCGAUUAUCUUAACAUCCAGAGCUCGUCCGAUCUUAGCCACUGGACCAACGAGCUGCGCAGUUGCAAAGCCAACGUUGCGAAUGCUCAAAUUCACGGCACGCCCAAUCUUAGACUGCAAUUCCAUAGCGAUUUGUCCGUGAAUGGAAGCGGAUUUCAGGCAUUCGUUCGCACUACUUGUGGCUCCAACAUGACGGAUAGUGUUGGCACCAUUCUGGCCAGCAUGUUGGACACCGAGUGCACCUGGCACAUAGAUGUUCGGCCAGGUCGAAAGAUAGAUAUCUCUAUUGAGUACGAUAACCCGGCAUUUGCAGGGGCUUGUAAGUCGUACGGUCUGAUCUACGACGGACUGGACGACCAUGCGCCUUUGCUGGAGCAUACAAAAUUCUGCAACGAAGCGCCUUUUAGGAAGACAGCGUUCCGAACAAGCGGCUCGCAUGCCUACAUAAAAUACAAUCUCGGCCUUAGAGGGUUCCAAGCUAUGAACCGUUGGAAACUCACAUACCGCGAGUUCAACGAAUGCAAUGGUGAGAUUCAGUUGAACCACAAGGCUCCCAACUAUGUGAUCGAGUCGCCGGGUUUUCCCAAUUUUCCCCAACCGCAUUCGGAAUGCACGUGGCUGGUAAUGGCGCCGGCGGGUGAGACCAUCGCUGCCACCUUUUCCGAUCCAUUCGAGCUGAGCGCCCGUCACUGCAACAUGGAGCACGUGGAGCUCUUCGAUGGCUCGACAAAGCUGGCCCGCAGCUUGGUCCGCACCUGUCACAAGCCACAGACUACGGUGCGGAGUUCUGGCAACCUGAUGCUCGUGCACUACCAGUCGGAGCUCAACGAACCCAACGGAGUCUUCCGGCUGAACUUGUCGCUAAGCGCUUGCGGCGGAGAGUUCAGCGGAAUGUCGGGAACGCUCAACUCCGAGAACUAUCCGACUCUCGGUGGGUAUCCCAAGCCGUCGGUGUGCGUUUACAGCAUUCGCUUGCCCAAAGACAUGUUUAUUCGCUUGAACAUCACGGAUCUGCACAUACCAUACAAUCCUGAUGGCAUUUCCUCGAAGAACGGCAGCGACCGUCUGGAAAUCGUUGACCUGAUGGACCCGACCCAAGAGCUAAUGAUUCUGGACGGCAGCACGGUCACGCCCAUGGUCGUCACCUUAAACACCAAUGCGGCAGACAUCCGCUUUGUGGCGAUCCAAAAUGUUAAUAGCUAUCGGGGCUUUAGGUUGGAAUAUAGACGGGCCAUCGGAACUUGCUCGCGGGAUGUUAACGGUGCCGCCGGGGACAUUGUGAUCCCGCCCAUGCCAAGUUCAACAUGGCUGAGGUUCUGCCGCCUCACCAUCAUCGUGGCAAAGGGACAACGGGUGAGGUUCGAUCUCUUGAACCUUGCUGAUAUUCGCGUUCUCAUCCGAAACGACACCAACCGAUUCUCAAGACGUUUGGAAACUAUGCCGCAUUUUACUUUCUAUAAUGACGCCAACUCACUUUCCAAAAUCACUGAAUUCCGGAUCGAUGGCUACAACGGCAGUGGAACUAUCGAGUCUACGGACAACUUCAUGCUCGUCGUCGUGACCACUAACCAGUUGGAUUUGAGCACCUCGGCACUGAGGGCAAGGUACAGCUCCAGCGAGCCUUCAGUCUGUCCACCGGACAUUGGAGACCAGGCCGCGGGAUCGCUGUCCAUUCAAACGCUUCUCCAGCUGUCCGACUACCAUUGCACAGUCCGAUUUGUGGGCACUGCAGGCACAACGCUAACCUUUAAGGUCGAUGAGUACCUGUUCCAGACCCGUGGCGGUCCAGCAGUUGUAUUCAGGGACGGCGUUCUUCGUACUGCACUCAAAGCAAUGUACGCCAAUGUCACCAACAGUUUUGUAUCACUGGCCACCACUUCUGGAAGUGUGACGCUUCUGAACAGCAAAGACGUCAAAUUACUUCGCUUUCGGGCGACUUAUCGCCGGCACAAUUGCGGCGGAAAUCUGCAGGCAGCCGAGGGUGUCACCAUUGCGUCCCCGACACUGUUGAGCACCCUUGGCGAGAACUACGGUGAACUGGAGUGCCUUUGGACGCUGGACAACAGUAACGACUAUGUGCUGGAGGGCAAUGUAACCCUAACCGAACGCUGCGAUCGCGAGUACCUGGUGAUCUUCAAUGGCCAGAGGGAAGUCAAUCGCAUUUGUCGAGGCAUGACCAUGAAUAGCACGCUUCUGGAACGACCGUUAUCCAAGAUACUUUACCACUCGGAAAGCCGAGUUCUCGGACAAAGUCGGUUCACCCUGCAAGCCCGACAAUCCGUGUCCGUGGCCGGCAACGUUGUACGGGUUGACCGACUUCCAUCGCCACCGGUGACAAUUGGGAGCAAGAAUUACCUGAACAACAUGGAGCGAAUGUGGGAGUUUGCUACCAAAGAUGUUUUGUCCCUGCAGCUGCAGUUCCAAGAUCGCUUCUUCAUUGAAACGUCGCCGAACUGCACGAAGGAUAGAUUGACUGUAGAGCGUUACGAUCGGUCAACUGGAGUGUUUACCGAGAUGGUCAGCCUGUGCGGCAGGCAAGCGCCGGCCAAGAUUCUGGUGCCAUCUUCCAAGAUGAGAGUGAUAUUCCGUACGGAUGCCAAUGUCACCGGCGACGGCUUCAGUUUCCAAGUCUCGCCCAGCUGUGAUGUCGUGCUGCAGGCCACACCCGAGAUCCAAAGUGUCGGCAGUCCCGAUUGGGAGGCUUCCCGCGGGAUGCAGCUUAACUGCAGCUAUGUUUUCCAAACUGCAGAAGAACACCAACUGGUGGUCAGUGUGAAGGCCACAGGACGUUCAUGGACACCGAUUAUCUGCACCAGAUCUUACUUCGCUGCUUAUCGUCGCGAGAACGAGAAUGCGGAAACGAAUUUGGGCAGGAUGUGUCCAAACUUUGAAGUUAACGGCUACGGGGAUAUUCGCCUGCAGUAUGUUUCUCCAAUGGUGCGUCGUUUUGAGAUCCAAUACCAUCUCAUUAGGUGCGGCGGCAGCCACGAUAAACCCUUCAUCCUGCGCCCGCCGCAAGGAGAGGAAUCCGGCGUUUACGCCCACAACACCAAGUGUCAGUGGCUGGUGACGGCACCUCCGCAGCACGCGAUUGUGAUUGAUUUUAAGUACUUUGACAUGGAGGUCAGCAGAACUUGUCGUUUCGACAGCCUGAACAUUUAUCGCGGCAAAGUGGCCAGCGAGGAGAAUCGGGCCGUGCAAUUGUGUGGCAAUCAGACCAACGAUUUACUCAUAAUGGUGGACAGCAACGAAGCACUGAUCGCUUUGUCUACGGACAGCUCGAACAGUGCCCGCGGAUUCCUGGCCAGCGUGCGCUUCACGACGAACUGCAACGAGAACGUUAACCUGGACGCGGACGCCAAUCGCACUAACUUGAUGCGGUCGUACAGGAUCAAUGCCACCGAGUCGCUAUUGUGCCAUUUCAGGGCCACUGUCCCGCUGGAUCAUCGCAUUUCCCUGGAAAUGCGCAAGUUGCAACUGAAUGAUGCCGACUGCAAAACCUGCAGCUACCUGGAAAUCAUUGACAACGCACUCGACGAACGUCAGAGCCUUGGCAGAUACUACGAAACGGAAGCAAACCGUGCUAUAGUCUUUAGCUCGUACACGGAGAUGGAGUUCACGUUGAGCGCCAAGGCUAAGCAGCAGAGAAACAUUAGCUUCGAACUGAUCCUGCAAAUGGAACGCACUCCUUGCGGUCAAACGGAUCUCGACAUGACAUUAAAUGACACCAUUACGUUGGGUAUACAUUACGACAAUACCACGAGAAACAUAGAGGGAAGUAUUCACUGUACCUGGACCAUCAAGGUCGAGGGAGAUGUGGAGUUGGAUUUCCAAAAGCUUCGCCUUAAGGAAGUAUCUCAGCAGACAGGAAAAUGCGAGGACUACCUACAACUUUCAUAUUCUUACUUUUCCCGAUCAUUUUGCGGUCAGCACGACAAACCCUUCAGGAUAAUGGAAGAAAUUGGAACUAAAAGUUUGCAACUUACCUUCCACAGUGUUCAUCUCCUGGAAACUCAAGGGUUUGAAGUUAUUAUCCGAAAAAAACCAAUCUGCAAUCGAAAUUUUACGGAACUGACUCAAAAGUUUGAUACCAGCAAUCUGUCCAACUGCACGGAAUAUAUUCGCGUGCCAGAAGGUUACAGCAUUACGUUUUACGUAAUGUCAGUGUUGUUCAACAGCUUAAAUAAUAACUACUUAAAUGUGACGGAUUUAAAGUCAAACAAGACGCUUUUUAGCACAUCGCACAUUCAAUGGGAAACCAAAUCCAGAAUUACGACGACCAACGAGUUGCGCCUCGACAGUCGCGGAGUAUCCUCUUUGAAAUUCUUCUACUUUUCCACUAGCAACCAGUUCCCCGGAGGCUGUGGUGGUGAACUAGCUGUGGCUGGAUCGAGCUCAAGUUACCUGGAGAAUCCCUCGUAUGAAGGCCGAAAUAGCUCUUUGUGCAGUUGGACUAUAUCAGUACCGCAGGGUGCUAGCCUAAGAUUCAGUUUUCCAGAAUUUAACAUGGGCUCGCUAACCAAUUGUGAUCUGGACAAUUUGCAAUUCUAUGCUAACAAUACUGAAGGCCCCAGACUUCUAAGAACCUUCUGUGGGCCGAAAAUUCCAGAUGAUUAUACCGUAACCAACAAUAACGUCAUCGUAACUGCGAAAAAAUCACCCAAUUUUGAUGGUUUAGGAUUCAAGAUGGAUAUUUUGCAACUUGGUUAGAAACUGGCAUUCUUUUACAUUUUUAAAAAUCAGAAGCUAUGAAAUUGAUUAAUAAAACUAUCAACAUUAUAUAACAUA